AGCCGCGCUCAAUCACCACCUCCUCAAUACCCAAUCUCGGAAGCUUCUGGCUCUUCACCUCCAUCUCCAAGACCGCCUCCAUUCUCUUCGCUAUACACAUCAACCGCAGAAGCCGUCGAAGCUUACAAGACUGCUGUCACUGAAGCCGGCGCUUCUGCUUCCGUCCCAGCAUACGCGCCUGUUGCGUCUGAGCCUUCGAACUCUCGAGAUCGAGACGUCAGUGCUGAGACCAAGGCAGCUCUUCCACAAGAUACAAAGGGCGAAUCGUCCAAGAAAGACGAGGACAGCGAACCACCACCAGCAUACUCAGAGGGCUCCAGCCCCCUCGAAUCGUUCACCUACCUCAUGGCGGCCGCAGGAGGUGCUGCGAGUAUAAUUACUCAGGUGCAGCAAGGUGGUGCACCACCUAUCAAUACCUUGGGAGAUGUCGGGGCGGACGAGAACAUUACCAUGGACCUUCGGGGCCAACGGUUUACACUUUCCAGAGACGAGCUUCUAACGCUUCCCGAAUUCGUUCUAUUGUCGCUCUUCCCAAAUGGCCUGCUACCAGAUGGUCAUCUAAAUACAUACCAUGAAGGAGAUGCCUUCCAAGUUGAUUAUGACCCUGCAUCACUUCAAUACAUGCUUGAGUUCUUCAGGAACGUAGCCCAGACAAUUCCUACCUCCGAGUCACCAUCUGCCGAACCCGAUGCGGUGCCCAUCGAACCGAUGGCCGGAUCAGCGAGAGAGAUGUUGCAAGAUCGUGCAGGCAUAAUCGUGUUGAGGGAGGAUUUGGAUUUUUAUGUCAUACCACCCAAAGCCGAGAUUGAGCAGCCGGAGAUGAUUGAGGUUAAGAGAGCUGCUGGAAAAGCUUUGUUGAGACAAGACGGUAUAUUCUCUGGCUUGCGUCGAAGUGAGGAGACAGGAACUACGGAGCAACAUCUCAUCGAAAUGCUUACUGCUGGUGGUUUCAACCACGAUGAUACUUGGGGACACCGAGCAAAUGAACCCAACAAGGCCGUCAUCUGCAGUCUAGCACUCGCUAGGCUCCGCACCGAUAUCCGAAGCGACAUGGGCAAUAAUGCCGUGGGAAUGGCCCAAAAGCUUCUCCUUUUCUGGAGAAAGCCUGCACGAAGAUGUUGGUGGGAAGGCGUGGAGCUUGAUAACGUGGAUGGAGUCGAAGGAAAAUUGAAAGUUUGGAUCCGAAGGGUUUGGACGCUGGAAAUGAGUGUCAUCGGUCUGCGCUAA